AUGGCCGGCAUAAAGAGAUGCCCUCCCGUCAGCACCGCAGCUGGAGUGGGGUCCCCUCCUCCCACCCUCCUUGCCGCACCUGCACCUGCUUCCCACCCUAUCCCCACCCGCGUCCCCACCCCUCCUCUGCUCUCCGUGCAAGGCCCCCACCUUCCCCAGCUAGCCCAUGCACCACCACACGCCAUCCCAUGCCGCCCCACGCUGCCAUCACCGCAUGGAGCAACCCUCAAGGAGCCACACUUGGCAGCAUCACCACAGCAUCCCCCUCAUAGCGUCGUCCACCUUCCCUCCGCCUCUGCUCCUGCUACUGCUGCUGCCGCUGUCCCGAUGGCCCCUCCACCCCCACCACCUGUCCGCGUCUCACCCUUGCCUCAGACUGACCUGCCUGCUGCCUCUGCACUCCCACCUGCUCGCUUGCAGCAGCAAGCAGACGGAGAGAGGCACAUGCACUCCCUGCCACCCACUGCCCUCCCAACCACCCACGCACGAACUGCCACUGCAGCCUCUGCUGCCGCUGCCUCAGCUGCAGUCGCUGCUCCCACGCACACAUACACGACUGGGCGCAAGUCAUUCCCCCCAUCCCUCUUCCUCCCCCGCACUGACCCACUUGAUGCCUCCGCUCUCCCCUCCCCCACUCCGCCCUCCUCCACUAGACGCACCGCUUUCUCCCCGCAGCAACCACCGUCCACCCAUCUUUCCCCGGCUGGGGAUCAACCGCCUCUCAGCAGCCCCUUACAACCCCCUCCUGCCAAAGCCCACUCCACUGCUGCUCCCCACCUGCAAUUCCCCCCAGGCUUCCCUUCCCCAGUAGAACCCUCAUCGCUCACCCCCAAGCCGUCCCCCGUGCCCCUGCUGCCACCACCACCCCUUGCAUUCCCACGCCCCCUUACAGUCAGAUCUACUACGCCUUUCCCUUCGCCUUUCCCCCCGCCCAUUGCCCCUGCUCUGCCCUUUCUUGCCGCUCGCCUGCCCCUCCCUUUUGGCCCGUUCGUCCGCCCACCCAUCCCCGCCGCUGCCCUCUCUCUCCCCAUCGGCCUCUCUUCUCGCCUCCCCCUUGCCUCCCUCUCUUCGCCCACUGCUGCCGCCGCUGCCGUUGCUGCUGCGGCUUCCGUUCCUGCUGCUGCUGCCGAUGGUAGUAACGCAGGUGUUGCUGCUGUUGCUGGUGGUGCUGGGGGUGACAGUGGUGCCAGUGUGGGGAUGGGGAGAGGGAAAGAGGAAGAGAGGGAUGAACAGAGUCUGGGGAAACUGAGGAAGGAAGGCGAAGCGGAUGAAUCAGCUAGAGCAAAUGACAGGAAAGGGGAGGAGCACAAGGCAUCGGAGGAUGGGAAGAAAGCAGGGGGGCGAGAUGAGGUAAAGCGCGAGGAAAGGGAGGAAUCUGCACCAAUGAGUGCUGCUGAUUCAAGCAAGCCAGAGGUAGUUGCUGAUGGUGAUGCGGAGGCGGAGAUGGGCAGGCAGGGGGAGUCUGUGACAGCACAUGGUGCUUGUGCGGAGGGCAGGGGUGUGAUCAGCGGGGUGAGUGGAGGAGAAGGGCCGAGGAAGGAAGAAGGGUGCGAUGGGCAUGCCACAGAAGCUGUUGCAAGUGAAGCAACGCACCUGCAGUCAUCAGAGCCGUGCUCAGAGUCUCUCUGUGAUGAAGAGUUGGACAUUGCACUGCCUCACCCGGGCAUACUCGCCACGACCUCCCACCCUGAAGCUGCGAGUGCAACCCGCACUCUUUCUCCCCCGGCUGCUCUGGGGGUGGAGUUGGUGCGUAUGAAGGCAGAGGGUGCAGGUGGCACGGCAGGUGGUGUGGGUGGCAUUGCCGAGGCUGCAUGUGGGGCAGCAAGGGGGGUUGAUGCGCGUGUAGGAGAGCCUGGUGAUGCGCCCCUGCGGCGGCUAGACUUGGACCCCAGGCGCAGAGAGGUGGGUGCUGAGGGGGACUUGGAGGUUGUUGUUGGUGCGGGCGGAGUGGGAGGGAAGGGAGGGGGAGAGGAGGAAGAGGAGAUGAAACGAGAGGAGGGAGGACGUGAGAGCGAGCAGCAGCAGGAGGAGGAGCGGGAAGGGGAGAAGGAGGGGGAGAAGGAAGGGGGGGAGCAGCAAGAGCAGCAGUUGGAGCAGCAGGAGGGAGAGCAGGAGGGGGAGCAGGAGGGAGAGGAGCAGGAGGAGCAGCAAGGGGAAGGUGAGGGUGGAGGGGGGGUGUCAGCACGUGCCUCUGUUGCUCUUGCUGCAGCUCUGCUCGCGCCCCCUGCCCCCCACCACGCCCCUGUGCGCAGCGGCCGCAUCUACACGCGCCGCCGCGCCCGCUCUGGCGCCCGCAGCACUGCUGACCGCUGCAGCACCUGGGGUCGCGGGGGCGCUGACCACACCGGCGCAGGGGGGGAAGCAGGGGCAGGUGGGGGAGGGGGAGGUGUGGGAGAAUUGGGGAAGGGAGGCAAGGAGGUGGAGGAGGAAGCUGGACAAGGGGAGGGGGAGGGGGAAGAUAUGCACAGCAGCAGCUGUGGGGAUGGUGAGGAGGGGACUGGGCAACCAGCAAGCGGUGACUGGGGGAAGGGGCCAGGAGGGGGAGGAAAGGGCGGAAAGGGGGGAAAGGGAGGGGCAUUGAAGCUUGAUGCGGUGAGAGAGAGGCUGGUGGGGCGGGUGGCCAAGGGCAGGCGGCGAGGCAAGGGGGGAGGGGCAGCGGGGGCGUUGGGACAGCAGCUGGCAGUGCGGGCGGCGAUAGCAGAGCGAGCGGCCGGCAGGCCUAGCCUGGCGUUUGGUGCGGAAGUGAGUGUGGAGGGCACGGGCGUGGGGGGGUGGAGAAGCAGAACCCUGGCGGAGCUGGUCGUGCCAAGGGGCCGGGGGGGCGCGCGGGGGAGAGGCAAGGGGAGGAAGAGGGGGGACGGAUGUGGGAAGGGGAAGGGGGAGGGAGAGGGGGAGGGGGAGGGGGAGGUGCGGGUGCUAUGGCUGGCGGAUUCCAGUGUGGCUCCCCGCCCCUUGGGGGAUGGGGAGGGGGGCGAGGAGGAGGAGGAGGAAGAGAGGGAGGCGGGAGAUGGGGAGGAUGAGAAGGGGGCGGGGGUAGUGGGAAGGCAGGGUGUGGAAGGUGCGCGGUUGGGCAGUGGCUUGGUGGCAGGCAGUGGGAGAAAGAGAAAGGGUGUUGGCGAGGGGGAGCAGGCGGGGGAAGAAAGUGGAGGAGAGGAAGGGGGGAAGGGAGAUGGAGGGGGCGUGGGCGACAGGGAGGUGACGGCUGGAGGGCACGAGGGGGAGGAGGAGGGGGAGCGGGACAGGGAAGGAGAUGCAUCAGGCUGGGAGAAUGCUGGGGAAAAGGCUUGCGGGGGAGCAGAGGAGGGAGGGAGUGCGAGCGUGAUUGCAAGCGAGUGGAAGGGGGGCAAGCGGCGGCGGUGGCAGCCGGUGGUGUCACGGGGAGGAGAUGGCGUGGUGGAGGUGCGCUUUCGACAGCUGCUGCCCGGCACCUCCUCUGCUCCCUCUGCUCUGAACCCUACCCCACCUCCUCCUGCUGCUGUGGCUUCUGCUGAUGAUGCACCUGCUACGGGAGAGGGUGACGUAGCAAAGGAGCAGGGCGAGGAGGGAGAGGAGAAGGGAGAGAAAAGGGGAAAGGGUCAAGGGGAGAAAGGGGAAGGGGAAGGGGAGGACGGAGCAGGUAGUGGAGAAAAGAGAGGAGGGCGUGAGGGCGAGGGUGAAAAGAGUGAAGGUGAGGUGGGAGAAGAGGGGAAGGAGAGAAGGGAAGAGAGGAAGGGAGAAAGUGAGGUGGGGAUGAAGAGGGCUGCUGACAGGGAGAUGCCACACAGUACAGCUGCUUCUGCACCCGCCCUUCUCACUGCAGCGAAAGCAGUGAGUCGGGACGGUGGAAGAGGGAACGGUGCGAGUUGGGGUGGCGGGAGUGAGGAUGGGGCUGUGGGAGCCCGUGGUGUGAAGAGGAAGGCGGGUGGGGGUGAGGAGGGAGAGGGGAGUGCAGGGCAUUCGGGAGGAGCAGGGAAAGGGUCAGGGAAGAGCAUGCGUGUGGGGGGGGAGGUGCUAGUGGGGCAAGGAGGAGGUCACAAUGGGGCCUGUGGGGAUAGUGGGGCGGGAGGGGGUAGUGGGGCAGGUGGGGAGAAACGGGAGCAGGCAGGAUUUGAAGAAGGUGGUGAGAUGGGUGUUGGAGGAGCGGAGAAGCAAGUGUGCGGAGAGCAAGGCGAGAACGCCGGUGCGGUGGGAAGUGGUGGCGAUGACAUAAAGAUGGGCGGCGUUUUCUCAGAAGACACGCUUGAUGCGAGUGGGAGGGAGGGGGUGAGAGAAGGUGGGGGGACAGCGGUGGAGGGAGAAAAGGAAGCAGCAAAGGAGGGUGGGAAAGUGCAGAGUGAGGCAGAGAGGCGGGCACUGGAGCUGCUAGCAAGGCGUGGACUGGGGGAGGCGGAUCUGAAGGCGCUGGGGGAGAUGAGACUGGGCGUGGGGGGCAGGCGGGGGCGAGGCAGAGCCAGAGGGGGGAGCAGAGGCGGUGGGGGGAUGGAGAGGGGCGGUGGACGGGGGGCGAGGGAGGGGGGAGGUGGCAGGGAGCAAGGCGAAGGGAAGGUGGCAGUGCCUGCUUCUCGUAGUGAUGCUGCUGCUGCUGUCGUUGCUGCUGUUACUGCUGCUACUGGCGGACCUGCCGGUGCUGUUACUGUUGGUGGUGCUGCGGGUGGCAGUGGAGGCGAGUUUGAGCUGUUGCUGCGUCUGCCAGACGACAUGCGGCCACAGGUGCCAGUCAACCUGCACAGCCGCGUCCCCACACCCAUCCGCCAGGUAUGCCCCUCCGCCAGCCACAACGGCCUUCCCCUCUCUUUACCACCUCUCUCCCACAUCUUCCCCUCAUUCCCUCCCUUCUUCCCCCGUCCUACCCCAUCACCACUGUCACCUCCGCAGAGGCACGUGAGCCUGUGGGUGAAUCACCACCUGCGGGCCGUCCCAGCAAGUACCAUCGGGCGCAACGACGAGACGUGGGCAGCGAUAGCAGCGGGGGUGGCAGCAGAGAGGACGCUCUUCACCCAGGCAGCCAACAAGCGCGCCUACCUCUCCCUCUCUGCCCGCGCCCUCGCUUCCGCUCCCACCAACCUCAACUCUCCGUUUCCCUCCUCCAUUCUCGCCGCUGCUCCCGCUGUUGCUUCUGUGGGUUCUUCAGCCGGAGCUGCAUCGUCCCCAUCCAAAGCUGCAGGUUCGGCAGCUAGCUUUGUGGAUGAGGCUAGGCCGAUUUCCAUAGCUGAUGCGUUGGCUCGGGCAUCGGUGGCUCGGGCCCUCCGAGCCACAGGCUUGGAUGGGCCGUCACCUCCGGGAUCUCCUGAGAGGGAGGAUGCAGGACAGGAUAGGGGGAAGCAGGGGGACGGAGGCAGUAGUGCGAGCCCUGUGGUGCCAUCGCAACCUGCUGCUGCCGUGCACACAGGCAGGGGGCGUGACAAUGUGGAGUGUGAUUCUAAAGUGGGUAUAGGAAAGGGUGAAGGGGCUAAGGGCAGGGUGCAGGGAGAGCAGCAAGGAGGGGGGGCAGAGAUACGGAGAGCAGCAGGCAAGAGUACCGGCGCAGCAGUGGGCGAUGGUGGUCAGAAGAGCGAGCAGGGCGAGCAGGGGCGGGUGGAAGGCGCAUGGCAGGGGGGACAGGAGGGGCUGGGGGAGAGGAGGCAAGUGGGGGGCGGGGCGAGUGGGGCAGCGAUGGUGGAGGCAGUGCCAGCCCCUGGAGGGGGGGAGGGCGAUGCAGGGGAGGUGCUGGAUGGGGACUGUGGGGCCAGUGCAGGUGUAUGUGGGGGAGGUGGGACCCUCGGCAGUGAGUGGAGCGAGGGGCGUGCCGAGAAGGCCUUUCCUGUGGAGGUGUUUAUCCGCGAGCAUCUGCGCCCCUUGGAGCGCAGCGGAGUGAUAAGUGCAGAGCAGCGGCGCUGGGUAGCGAGCAAGGCGGCGGGGAAGGUGAUGGAGCGGCACGGGGGGGCGCGGUCAGCCGCCUUCCUCGUGAAGGAGGGCGAGGACGUGCGGCGCCUGGCAGAGCGCUACCUGCGCACCUACCACGUGCGCUUUUCUAAUGGGGGAACCGCACCCACAUCCUCCUCCUCCUCCCCACCGGCUGGCUGA